CUAAUCAUGUCUGGUCGUGGCAAGGGUGGUAAGGGCCUUGGCAAAGGAGGCGCAAAGCGCCACCGCAAAGUGCUCCGGGAUAACAUCCAGGGUAUUACCAAGCCAGCUAUUCGGCGCCUGGCUAGGCGUGGGGGUGUGAAGCGCAUCUCUGGCUUGAUCUACGAGGAGACUCGCGGGGUCCUCAAAGUGUUCUUGGAGAAUGUGAUUCGGGACGCCGUUACUUACACCGAGCACGCCAAGCGAAAGACUGUUACUGCAAUGGAUGUGGUGUAUGCCCUCAAACGCCAAGGACGGACUUUGUACGGUUUCGGCGGCUAAAACCUUCACAUUUGGAUUUCUUCUUUACCCAAU